UGGGCAUUGCCCACUCUGUGAAUUUUUUUUGUGGCGGGGGGAGAUACGAAACAUCGCUGUCAAAUGUCGCACAAAUGUAUGAUGAUUUUUCCUUGAUUUCAGAAGUCACUCCACCAGCAUUACCGCCUUGAAAGUUUAAAAUAACCAUUCCACCUGGGGCCAGGCCCUGAAAGUUGAAAAAAUGGCGGCUUUAGCUCCUAAGUCGCAGAAGAAGAAACACAUCAAACAUGUUCCGCAGAAAGUGAAAUUGUUUCGGGCGAGCGAACCGCUGUUGAGUGUUUUGAUGUGGGGCAUUAACAGCACGAGCAACGAGUUGAGCCACGUUAACAUCCCAGUCAUGCUCCUACCAGAUGACUUCAAGGCGUACAGCAAGAUGAAAGUAGACAACCACAUGUACAACAAAGAAAACCUACCAAGUCACUUCAAAGUCAAGGAAUACUGCCCUCUGGUGUUCAGGAACUUGAGGGAACGAUUCAACGUCACAGAUCUGGAAUAUCAGAAUUCCUUUGUGUCUUCCGCCCCGACGUACGAUGACUCCUCAGGCAAAAGCGGCUCCAAGUUCCUGCGGACGCACGACGGCAAGUUCUUCGUCAAGACCAUCACGCGGGAGGAGGUGGAACUGAUGUUCAACGUUCUCCCCGAAUACCACAAGAGUAUAGUCGAGUCCCAUGGGGAGACGCUCUUACCGCAGUAUCUAGGCAUGUAUCGGUUAACCGUGGACGGCACGGAGACGUAUAUGGUGGUCCUACGUAGUAUCUUCAGCUCCACCCUCCCGGUCCAUACCAAGUAUGAUCUGAAGGGGUCCACGAUAGACCGGCAAGCCAGUGAAAAGGAAAAGGACAAGGAACUACCCACCUAUAAGGACAACGAUUUCCUGAGCGAAAACAAGAAAAUCCACAUCGGUACGGAGGCCAAGGACAGGGUGCUGGGAAAACUGAAGAGAGACGUCGAGUUCCUGUCGGAGCUGAAGCUGAUGGACUACAGCCUCCUGGUGGGCAUCCACGACCGGGACCGCUUCGAAACCGAGCAGAAAGCCGACCACAACGAGGAGAACGGCGAAGAGGACGACUCGGGCAGCGGGGGCGCCCUCACGCCACCAGACAGCCCCGGGCCCAUCGGCAGGCAGCAGCUGCUGUCCAGUGGGGAGUACGAGUUUGACUCGGGGCAGGACGUCUACGCCAUUCCAUGCGAAGAGGGUGCGCCGAAGAACGAGGUCUACUUCCUGGGGCUCAUAGACAUCCUGACGCACUGGGGUGCCAAGAAGAAGGCUGCGCAGGCCGCCAAAACCGUCAAGCAUGGGGCUGGUGCUGAGAUAUCCACAGUGAGACCAGAACAGUAUGCGAAGCGGUUCCUAGACUUCAUAGAAAAAGUAUUACAGUAAAUAAGGUAACCAAAAACAGAAAUAACGAAAAUGUAAAAA